UGUGAUUUGAUUAGAAUCUUGUUUUCUUUCUUUUUCUUUUCUUUACGAAAAUUUCUAUUUUCUGUCGUCAAUCGGCGAGUUUUGUUUUUUUGCUGUUUAUCUUCAAGCAUUUUAUUCUAUUAAUUUAAUUUAAUUUAUGAAGAUUGAUUAAUUGUGUUAUCAACAUAUUGAUCGCCCAGUAAUACUUACCUUUGUUGGAAACGUUUCGUACUUGGGACCAUUCAUUUUCGAGUAUUCUCAGUUUGUUCCAAAUUGAUUAUGCCCUUCAAACUUCUUCAUGCUUUGAACACUACAUACUGCGCCGACACCGUGGAAUGGUGCCCAAUGGUUCAAUUUAAUAAGUUUUUCGCAUGCGGAACUUAUGAAUUGCAGAAUGAGCAAACGAAAUCAACUAGAAUAGGACAGUUGCAUUUAUUCUCAGUGGAUGAACAGUUACAAAUCAAUUUACAUUCCACUAUUGAUACAAGUGCCAUUUUGGAUAUGAAAUGGUUUUCAAAAUUGAUAAACGGGAGAAUCCUUUUAGCUACGUGUAAUGCCGAUGGUAAAGUUAUGUUAUGGGAAUUCGUACAAGGACACACAGAUCAUCUUACUUACCUCAGCGAACAUCAAAUAAAUAGUGAAAAUGUUAUAUCAUUAUCUAUAGACAAGUCAGAUUUAACCACUCCUCAGAUAUGUGUCAGCGAUUCUCAAGGGUUUCUAACAGUUUUACGUUUGGACGAUAAAAAUGAUUUUCAUUUAUUACAUAAAGUCAAGGUGAACGAUUAUGAAGCUUGGAUAGCCACGUUCAGCCUUACAAACGAUUCAGUAGUGUUGACAGGUGGAGACGAUUGUUUCAUAAAAGUAUUUGAUUUGAGAUGUCACUCGCACGCCGUUAACAAAUUGGAAGAACAUCAAUGUGGCGUAACAAGUUUACGCUUUAACCACAAAAACACCAACAUUUUAGCUUCAGGAAGCUACGACGAAACAAUCAAAAUCUGGGACGAUAGAAUAAUGAAAAACAGUUUAUCGAGUUGCGGGGUUGGAGGAGGAGUUUGGCGGAUUAAAUGGAGUCCUGUUAACGCCAAACACAUCUUGACUGCAGCGAUGUACUCCGGUGUUUAUGAAUUGGAAUAUUCUCCCGAGACGCAUUCUCUGAGACAGGAAAAUGAGUUCAAGGAACACGAAAGCAUAACAUAUGGAGCUGAUUACUGUUAUAUUCCUCCAAACGAAUUACUCGAAAAUUAUCUGAAAGAUGAACCCUAUUUAGACUGCGAUGGUAUGUUAACAGUAACAUGUUCAUUUUAUGAUAAAAAGUUAUGCUUAUGCGCUCUGUAAAUAAACUACCUUAUUUUGUUGAA